AUGGCCGAGGAAGAUCAAAUUAUGAGACGGAAUCCCACUAAUACUUACAACCUCACUACUGGUUUCCUCCUUGACGAUCCGGACUGUCUUGCAUCACCUGGGCACCCGUGGACCGCAUUCUCACCCUGGGCUACCAUGAGCACGUACGAGCACAGCAUCACGCUCUACUGCGAGGGCACUCCCAACCCUCUCAAGAUCUCCAUUGCCCUUGAAGAAUUGGGCUUGAAGUACAAUGCGCACCAAAUCAAGCUCUUUGAACAUGAGCAGAAAGAGCAGUGGUUUCUUGACAUUAAUCCCAACGGUCGGAUCCCGGCCAUAGUUGACACGGCGGAGGAUGGCCAGCAGCUCAAGAUCUGGGAGAGCGGUGCCAUCUUGCAGUAUCUUGUGGAUCGUUACGAUGCGGACCACAAGAUAUCGUACCCUCGCGGGACCAAAGAGCACUGGGAGAUGACGAGUUGGCUCUUUUGGCAAGUGAGUGGUCUCGGCCCUUCACAAGGCCAGGCAAACCAUUUUGAAAUGUCUGCUGCUGGUGAUCAUCCAUACUCUUUGAAGCGUUAUGUCAACGAAACACGCCGCCUUUAUCGCACCAUGGACAAGGCGCUCGCUCAAAACCCUUCUGGGUAUCUCGUGGGUGAUCAUGUCAGCAUUGCCGACAUUGCCAUUUGGCCAUGGACUACCGCAUUCAAGUACAGCGGUCUGUCCCAGAUCGACGAGUUUCCCCAUGUCAAGGAAUGGAUGUACAGGCUUCUCGCUCGCCCUGGUUUUGAGAAGGGCCGCAACGUACCGAACCCUCACAUAUACCUUCAACUCAACGAGCUCCCUGAUGAGGAAUUGAAGCGGAUUGGGCGAGAGAGGUCGGGCUGGAUUCAGGAGGCUAUGAAGCGCGGUGCUGAGUGA